CGGAUGGAUUUAACAACAAUAAACACCGGCAAUCAGAGUGAAAAGAUCCACUAAUUGGACUUUGCUAUUCAUUCCGCCCGGAACACUUCCAUCAAGAUGUCGUACCAAGGAUACCAGCAGCUGCUUGUGGAGCAGCAAGGCAAGCUGCUCGUGGUGAAAUUCAACAAUCCGAAGAAAAAGAACUGCAUCAACAGGUUCACCUACCAGGAGAUGACCCGGGUGCUGACCGAGGUCAACGACGAUGAGGGAGUUAACCUGGUGGUUUUUACUGGGGUCGGCGAUAUUUUCACGGCCGGAAAUGAUUUGUCUCAGUCCUCGCAGUCCGAUGAUAUCGACGCCUUCUUCAAACAGUCUAAUGCGACUUUUAAGGCCAUGGUUCUGAGUUUCGUCAACUGCAAGAAGAUAGUAUUUUCCCUGGUAAAUGGACCCGCUAUUGGAAUUGGUGCCACCAUUGUGGGUUUGUGUGAUGUGGCCUGGUGCUCCGAAACGGCCUACUUCUACACUCCCUUCACCAAAUUGGGUCUAGUGCCGGAGGGUGGUUCCUCCUAUAUGCUGCCCCUGAUUUUGGGUCGCUCCAAGGCCUCUGAAACUCUGCUCCUCAACGAACCCCUGAGUGCCCAGGAGGCCUAUCAGUUCAACUUUGUUUCACGUAUCUUUAAGGCCAGCGAACUGGAUUCGGUGAUUUGGCCUAAAUUGCGUCAGUAUUCUGAAUUACCAACCAACUCCCUUUUGCAAGGAAAACGCCUCAUCAAGGAGGGAUUCGUGGAGAAUCUCAUCAAGGCCAACGAAUCGGAGUGUAAGCAACUACUUCAGCAGUUCCAACAUCCCGAAUUUUUCCAGGCCAUCAUGGACUUUGCCAGCCGUAAAGCCAAGGCCAAGUUGUAAAUAUUUUUAAGGUUCCACUACUAUCUCACCGAUGUCUCAGUGGCUUGUUUUUAUGCUGGCCUAUUUUUGUUUAUUUUUAUAAAAAAAGAAAUGCUUGCGAUUAUAAUACCCCAAAAGCUAUGUACUUAUGUUUAUUUUUAUAGAACAUACUUCCAAACAAAAGGAGAUAAGAUUAAAGGUAUUAUGGGUGUA